AUGCGCGCGCGGUGGGCGCCGGCGCCGUCGCCGCGCGCGGGCGCGGGCGCGAUCGCGCCCUCUGUCGCGCGCGCGCGCGCUCGGUCGCGCGCGCGGGCGCUCGGUCGCGCGCGCGGGGACGACGGAUCGCGUCGACCGGAUAACGGUGACGCCGUCGAUCGACGCGCGGUGGUCCUUCUCGACGCGUGCGCGCGACAGGGCGCGUGGACGAUCGCGUUGAUGUUCUCACUCGGGUACGGGACGUCGGCGGUGUGCGAUCGCGCGGCGCCGCGGGCGGCGGUGGAGACGCGGGCGAGCGAGACGCGACGGGUGGCGACGGCGGAGACGGAGACGGAGACGGAGACGGAGGCGGAGACGGAGACGGCUUGGCUCGCGAUGGAGCCGACGACGGUCGCGAUCGAUGCGGUGGAUGAAGUUCCGGAGGCGUCGGUGACGACGACGGCGGUGGGCGCGGGCGCGGUGGUGGUGGAUGAUGAACGCGGCGGAUCGGCGAUCGCGACGGCGGCGGCGGCGACGGCGAUGUUCGCGUGGAUCGCGAGCGCGUGGAUCAAGCGGUACGAGAUCGCGCUCGCGGCGCAGGAGUGGUUGGAAAAGAUGGAGAUGCAUGAUCCGAAUUUUCCAAAGUCGGAGCGCUCGGUGACGCAAAGGCUUGGACAAGAAGUUCGAAGACGUGAAGCGCUAAACGAGGAAUGGAUGGAGCGGGUACAGGCGGAGAAACAGAAAUCAAAGGAGGCGGCGACGACGGUGGAGGCGCUUCGAUCUGAGAUCGUGUCGCUCGAGAAUCGAUUGAAUAUCGAGCGAGCGUCCGUGAAUGAGAUGAAAACGCUAGCAGAGAACCGAAUGCGUGUCGAGGCGGAGAAGGAAGCGACACUCAAGGCGAAGAUGGCGACGGCUGAACGUAAAACGGAAGACGCCGAAGCCCAGUUACGGUCGAUGCGACGCGAGUUCGAGAGCGAUCUAAGCAAGGCGAAAGUAGAGCUGGAAAAAGUGAGCACAGAGGGCAAUGAACUCGAAGAAAAUUGCAACCGUGCAACGCGCGAGCUGGAGUCGGCGCGUGCCGAGAUGGCCCAAAUGCAGGACGAGCAGAGCAAACUUGAACGCGACACAUCUGCGAGAGUGCGCGAGCUGGAAGACGCGCUGGAGUCGGCACGUCGGGAUGUCGAAGAGGCACGCGUAGCGCAAAACGUGCUCGAGGAGAACUCCGUUGGCGCAACGCGCGAGCUGGAGGCUGCGCUGGAGUCGGCGCGUGCCGAGAUGGCCCAAAUGCAGGACGAGCAGAGCAAACUUGAACGCGACACAUCUGCGAGAGUGCGCGAGCUGGAAGACGCGCUGGAGUCGGCACGUCGGGAUGUCGAAGAGGCACGCGUAGCGCAAAACGUGCUCGAGGAGAACUCCGUUGGCGCAACGCGCGAGCUAGAGGCUGCGCUGGAGUCGGCGCGUGCCGAGAUGGCCCAAAUGCAGGACGAGCAGAGCAAACUUGAACGCGACACAUCUGCGAGAGUGCGCGAGCUGGAAGACGCGCUGGAGUCGGCACGUCGGGAUGUCGAAGAGGCACGCGUAGCGCAAAACGUGCUCGAGGAGAACUCCGUUGGCGCAACGCGCGAGCUAGAGGCUGCGCUGGAGUCGGCGCGUGCCGAGAUGGCCCAAAUGCAGGACGAGCAGAGCAAACUUGAACGCGACACAUCUGCGAGAGUGCGCGAGCUGGAAGACGCGCUGGAGUCGGCACGUCGGGAUGUCGAAGAGGCACGCGUAGCGCAAAACGUGCUCGAGGAGAACUCCGUUGGCGCAACGCGCGAGCUAGAGGCUGCGCUGGAGUCGGCGCGUGCCGAGAUGGCCCAAAUGCAGGACGAGCAGAGCAAACUUGAACGCGACACAUCUGCGAGAGUGCGCGAGCUGGAAGACGCACUGGAGUCGGCACGUCGGGAUGUCGAAGAGGCACGCUCCGAGCACGAUGCGAGGAUCAGCCUCAAGUCUGCGACAUCUGCUAGAGUGCGCGAGCUGGAAGAAGCGCUGGAGUCGGCGUGUGCCGUGAUGGACCAAAUGCAGGAGGCGCAGAAUAAAUUUAAAUAUAACACAUCCGGGCGCGUACGCGAGCUGGAAGAUGCGCUGGAGUCGGCAGGUGCUGAGAUGGACGAAAUGCAGGAGGCGCAUCGCAGACAUGAACGUGACUCAUCUGCGAGAGUGCGCGAGCUCGAAAAUGCGCUAGAGUUGGCGCGUCGGGAUGUCGAAGAGGUAUGCUCAGCGCGUAGCAAACUCGAAGAUUACACAUCUGUACGAAUUCGCGAGCUUGAGACUGCGUUGGAUUCUACGCGCGUCGAGAUGGAGCGAAUUGAGGACGCGCAGCGCAAACUUGAAUACGACGCAGCUACUCGAGAGCGGUCGCUCGAAGAUGCGCUCGCAAUGAGCCGCGAGGCGGAGAUGGCGACGAGAUCGGAAUAUGAUAAAAUCGUUCGACUCACUGCUAACCUGUACAAAGAGUUUCAAGAGAAUAGCGCGCUGCGCGCUCGCUUGCAGAAAACUCCAUACGCACUUGCAUGCGUUGCGCACCGGUGA